GUAGUGCCUAUCAAAUAUCACAUUUAAAAUAAAAAAAUAUUUGAAAUGAUAGAAAAAUACACUAAUUUUCCUAAAGUUGAUAUAUUCCAUGGGUAAUUACAACGAGAAGUUAUUUUAAUACUUCGGUCAUAAAAAGGUGAUAGCGAUAUAAGAAGACAACAUUAGGUCGACGUCCCAGUGGGAUAAUAGCCAAAAUAUGUGCCUUUUAAGUCACGGAUGCUGGGUUCGAUUCCUGCCCGAGACUUAUAUAGCAGCAUACAAACAUUUGGUUAUAGGCAUGGUAUUGCAAGUAUUUUGCUGGCUCACUAGAGGAAUACAAAGGAAAUCACUAUCUUAAAUUGUGAAGAAAAUAAAACAGGGAGAGAAGAAAAGACUAAUUUAAUUAUAGGAUUUUAUUAGCUAAUUGUAUUAAAGUAAUAUAAAAUUUAACAUUGGAAAUGAAACAUCUUUCAAGUUGAUAAAAUGCUUCAUAAAAGACUAACAAUGAGCAUAGAUAAUCACUCCUGACAAAAAAAGCAAAUGCUUUCUGCCAAGAGGAUAGGAAGAGUGAUUGCUUUUAAGACUAUUUUCCUAUUUUGAGCUUUAAUAGCAAUAUUGAUUUUGAAUAAGUCUUAUGAUUAAAAUGGAUGCAAUAGUCAACAACAUGUAUGACAAUAAUGCAAAUAAUGCAGAAUUUUGUAAGAUGUGUCCUUUAUGCAAUAAUCGAGUUAGGUUUUUCUAUUUGGCAAUAGAUGAAAAGAUAUUGAUGUGUGAAAAUAUAAAAUGUGAAUUUCCAUUUGGUUACAAUGAUUUCAAAAUUAUCAAAGAAGAGGAUGAUAUGUUUGAAAUGAGCCAAAGGUCCACGAAUACAUCUCUCAAAAGUUGGCCAGAUAUUGAUAGAAAUGAUUUGGAAAAUCUAAACGAUGUUAAAUGUUUUAAUGUCAAUCAUGAAGAUAGUAAUAUUAAAGUUAUAGAAGAUAAAAUUGCCAGUGAAAAAAAAAUGGUUAAAGAAUUAAACGCUUUAAAAGGUCUUACGAAGAAAUUUAAUGAAAUCGAGGAAGAUUCUGAAGAAAUAAUAAAAAAUAAGAAUUUUAUUAGGAAAUUGAUGAAAUUGCAAAAGUUAUCUGGUGUUCAAUUAGUUAAACAGGAAGAAAUGGAUGUGUUGAGACGCGACAAGCCUGGAUAUAAAUCAGAUGAUCUAAAGAUAGAUAUUGACACAAGUACUAAUAAUCUAUGUGCAAUCAAAAUAGAAAUCACACAAAAUAAAAUAGUACCAAAUGUUACAUAACCUAUUAUGUAACUAUAUAUAUAUAAAAUUUGAAUUUUAAACUCGUAAUGUGAGACUGUUUUUUACUAGUGCUUGCUAGAAAAGAAAUGUAUGUAUUUCUCGACUCUGUGAUUUUAUUAUAAUAUUAGUUGUAGAUGUUGAGCGUGUUGCAAAUUACGGUUUGUCAAUUUUACAAAGUAAUGUUUGCAAGUGGGAAUAAAGAAGUUUUUGCAUA